AUGGCAGAGGCUUCAGUGCAUCCCUUACCUCUCCCUGUAACGAGGAAAAAGAAAAGUUUGUCUAUUGAAGAAAAGAUUGACAUCAUCAAUGCAGUAGAAAGUGGUAAGAAAAAAGCAGAGAUUGCAGCCAAAUAUGGAAUAAAGAAAAAUUCACUAUCUUCAAUUAUGAAGAAUAAGGACAAGGUACUAGAAGCCUUUGAAUCUUUAAGAUUUGAUCCCAAAAGAAAAAGACUCAGAACUGCUUUUUACACGGAUCUGGAGGAGGCAUUAAUGAGGUGGUAUCGAAUUGCCCAGUGUCUAAAUGUACCAGUUAAUGGUCCAAUGUUGCGUCUCAAAGCUAACGAUUUUGCUCAGAAACUGGGUCAUAGUGAUUUUAAGUGCAGUAAUGGUUGGCUAGACCGCUUUAAAUCAAGAUAUGGAUUAGUAUUCAGAUCUCAGCAUGUAGAAACUGCAGCAACAUCUGUAGAUGCUGCCACUGUCUGGGCGCAGAAUGUCCUUCCGUAUUAUUUAAGUGAUUAUCACCCCAAAGAUAUAUUUAACAUAAAAGAGACUGGUUUGCUCUAUCGAUUGUUGCCUGCUAAUACUUUUGCAUUUAAGGGGGAAGCAUGUUCAAUUGGAACACUAAACAAAGAAAGGAUGACUCUAGUGGUCGGGGCAAAUAUGGAUGGCUCAGAGAAGCUUCCUUUGCUUGUUAUUGGGAAAAAGAAAAACCCACUUUGUUUUAAAAACGUAAAAUCACUGCCUGUAGAUUAUGAAGCAAACAAAAUGGCAUGGAUGACCUCUGAAGUCUUUGAGCUGUGGAUGCAAAAGCUUGAUGAAAAAUUUCAAGCCCAGAAACGCCGAGUUGUGGUUUUUCUUGAUUCUUUACCAGGACAUCCAGAAGUAAAGAAUCUAAAAUCCACCCAACUAGUUUUCUUUCCUUCAUCUUUAUCUUCCAAAUUUGUAGCUAUGAAACAAGGUGUUAUUAAAAACCUUAAGGUCAAAUACCGAUUUUGUCUCGUCAAGAAAUUUUUAGACUCUGUCGAAAGCAGCAAAGAAUUUACUUUCUCUCUUCUAGAUGCAAUUGAUGUGUUACAUCUAUGUUGGAGGACUGUAACCCCAGAGACUAUUGUUGAGAGUUAUGAAAAGGCAGGAUUUAAAUCACAACAUGGAGACAGUGGUAAGACAAAUGUGGAAGUUGAAAAUGGCCUCGAUUUAGUUGCCCAUGCUCUCGCUGCAGGAGUAGAAUUUCCAGAAGAUUUAUCUCUGGAAGAAUAUGCAUCCCUGGAUGAUGAUUUAGUGACAUGUGAAACAGCUUCAGAAACUGAGAUGACAUGGACCAAAGAAGGUAAAACAAAUGAAAUGGACUGUUAUACUUCUGAUGAAGAGGAUGAAGGUGGAUCUCCAGAAUCCGAACUACUUUUGCCAUCGAAAAAGGAGGCAGUGACUGCUUUAGAAACUCUUAAAAAAUUCCUCAGAAGUCAAGAAAUCAAUGACACCCUUCAUGAUUCUUUAGCAGAUCUUGAAAAUUUCGUCCAGUGUUUAUCACUGAAGUAA